AUGGAUCAACGAAAGAUGAGCACAACAGAAAUUGACCUUGAAUCGGUGCUUAAUGUAAGACGUCGUAGAUUAUCUGUAACAGCACCGCAAGCUUCACAAGAUGCUCAUCGGUAUACGGAUGUUAUCAUUUUAAAAGUUGAAAAGUCCAAUGAUAUAUUGAAAGAAGAGGCACGCUGCAUAUUUCACGGUUCGUUCAGCUUUUUCUUCUUCUUCUACUUUAAGGCCCUCCAUGUAUCAGAAAUCUAUCUCGUUAACUAUAAGUCCAAUCUACAACAAGUUUAUAACGUUUCUGAAUCUGUGCGUUGUUUGUUUAUAGCGGUUAUCCCAGGGUCAGAACAGGAAAAACUUUAUUUCAGUUUUGUAGAAAUCCUUCGUUUAUCAAAAAAUAGUCCUAAGUUCAAAAAUCAGACUCUUGCAUGUUGUAUCCGUAAGCGUUAGCUUUAAUUUAGUGCCAUCUCGUGCUCUCCAUUAACUAAACUAACGGGAAAAUUCUGCGCAUACGUAAUGGUGAGAAGAUACAUUAAGCUUUCGAAAAACGACAGCACUAAAGUAUAUGAUCAAUUCUCGGCAAAACUCUAAUAACCCUUGAUCGAAAUAUCUCCUAGAACUGGCAAACAUCUGUUCAAAUCAGAAAUGUCUACUCUACAAACUGAUUGCAAGUAUUAACUCUAGUACAUUUACCAGAACAGUAUUUUUUUAGGGCUUUUAAAAAACUUUUGCAAUAAUCAUUAGAAACGUAUAUUGAAGAGAAAUAAAGAUAAAAUGUGAUAGAAAACACCUUUAGCUUCACAACUAAACGCUUACCUCAAUUUCGGCUAGUUACAAAGAUCAUAUUUUCUGAUAAGUGGAGCACUCUAAAAAAAAGUCGUAGAUUAAUAAACUAUCAAAAAGAGUUUAUUAAGACCAAUAAACCUUUUAAAAAACGCUUUUCCAUUUUUUAUAUCUAAAAAAUUAAAAAGCGUUCGUGACAGAUGCAAAAUGAAAAACGGGCGGUUUUUAUCAAAAAUAAAAAAUCUUUUUCAAUUUUUUGUUGAAUCUAAAAAACCAGCCAAAAAAACUAAGAGCUUUUUAGCUCGUUUUUUAAACUACUAAAAAGCUAGCUAAAAAACUCUUCGUUUUAGUUUUUUAGCUGAUUUUUUAGACUCAACAAAAAACUGAAAAGGAUUUUUUAUUUUUGAUAAAAACCGCCCGUU